CAGGAGGCGGGUUCUGAAUCCGACUCGGAUAUCGAGAAGGUGGUUCUGGGGCUCGACAGCGAAGGAGAGGCGGAGGAGGGGAGAGACGCCGCCGGGGGGAGCUGCCUUCGCCAGUCGCGCUGCACCUUUCCAGGUAGCGAUGAUAUUAAUACCUGGCAUGUUAACCCCUUUGGUGCCGGAGCAGCUCUGAAGCAGGCGAUGCUGCUGUAUAUGACAGCGCAGCCCGAAUUUAAAACGCCAGGCGGAUUUAUUCACUGGAGAUCAUGACAGCGCAUUGCUUUCUAUUACCAUCUAAUCUAGACAUUUUAAAUGUUCAAACAGAUAUAUAUAUAUAUAUUAUAAUUACAGCGAAUGUCUGAGUUCAUAGGGAAAGCCACGCCCAUCUCUCCUCUUACUGGCUGCGUAUCUGCGUUCCAUUCUGACGUCACAACAGCGCGCUGCAAAUCUUCCUCGGCGGCUCUGGUAGCAAAACCACCCUAAGAAAUUAAAACAUGAGAAACGGAUCUGUGAAAUAGUGUUUAAUACAUUCGCUACUCGAGAUGCAAAGGCGUGCAUUGUGAGGAUCUGCACUGGGAUCCUCCCCGCAGUACACCGUGCAGCUACAGCGAUGCGCAGAUGAGAGAGAUUGAUUGUAAAUGCAGUCUGGCGCUAGCUGGAGUAACUGGAGGUUUGCAAUGCGUGAGAUACGUUUUAAAAAUACAAAACGACAGCUAUGGAUGCUGUGUAUUGCACGUCGUUACAGUGUUAACAUGCGCCCUACCGGUACGUACUAUUAAUAAUAAUAAUAAUGAUAAUAAUGUAUCACUAUUUCGUGUCUGUGUUCCAGUGUGACGUGGUAUUCCCUAAGCACUAAAACGACGUCAUACUUUGCUUUUUAAUUGUUAUUAUUAUUAAAUUCAGAUGUCUUUUAUAUAUUCUGUUUUUUUCGUGUUGCAUGAACCCCGUGACUUCUGAAUCACAUUCAAUGCCCGGCUUAAGAAGUCGUGACCAGCUACCGGCUCUGAACUCACAGACAGCCCUAAAUAAUAAUAAUAAUAAUAAUAAUAAUAAUAAUACUACCGCUGGUAAAGGCGCGCUGCAGAUGGACUGCACGACGAUCAAACAGGAGAAUUUAGAAUCAGAAUGCGUUGACUUCCAUAAAGGGGAGGUCUGCCGCGAUUUCGAUGAGCCGAUAGAAAAGCGAAUUAAGGAGGAGCAGCAGGAGGAGGGUUCGGACCCGGGUGACGUGUACGAGGAUGACGUCACUGCCGGACUGAACAUCAUUUCUGUGAAACAAGAAGACCCGGUACCGGUGGAUUCGAUCCAAAUCGUGAGGGAGGCGGUCCAGCACCUGCCGGCUUUGAACUGGGCUGUGCAUGAUAGCGCCGUUAACAACCGCAACGACACGCUGACAGCCUGGACCGUUUCCACGUCAACGCCUAGCGCGGACGGGAGGCUUGUGAACGCGGCGUGCCUCAGCGGAGGCGGAGCCGCGGCCCCCCCCCUCUCCGGCGGCCCUGGGUUCGGACCAGUGGACCACGCCCCCCCCCGUAAGAUCGCUGCUCCCUGGGAUCACGAUGACAUCACAGCUCUGAUCUCGGUGUGGGGUCAGGAGCGCUUCCAGGCGGAGCUGAGCGAGACGUUCCGGAACAUCCAGGUGUUCGAGCGCAUCGCUGCGGCCCUGCGGCGCAUGGGGGUCCAGCGCAGCGCCGUGCAGUGCCGGGGCAAGAUCAAGAAACUGAAACAGGAGCACAAGCGCUGCAAAGAGAGCCUGGCCAGGGGGGGCAGCGAGCACAGAGCCUUCCAACACUACCAGCAGCUGGAGCGCGUCCUGAACCGCAGGAGAGCCCCGCGGGAGCCAGCCGGGGUGCAGGGGAGGGGCCCCGGGGCGGAGGAGGAGGAGGAGGAGGAGGAGACGACGCGGGACAGCUUCUUCAUGAGUGACCCCGCUGGCGGGCCCCCCCUGGAACCCCAGGCCCCCCCACUCUCCAUCCUGGGGCCCCCCCCGGAGCCCGGGACCCCCACAGCCCUGGAAGAAGCACCCAGCUCCAGCACGGCAGAGGCAGCUGCUCCCACGCCCAUGGCGCCCCCAAAGUCCCAGCGCAGGCGGAAGCGACGCGGUGCUGAGAAGACCACGCUGAAGGAGCUGCUGGAGUACCUGCGCGAGUCCGAUGAGAAGCUGCUCGCCCUGCAGGCGGAGUUCAUGGCUGCGGAGAGGGAGGAGAGGCAGAGGGACCGCGAGGCCGCCUCCCAUGACCACGCCCUGAUCUGCGGCGCGCUGCACAGGCUGGCAGAGGCGUACAGCGGAUACCUGCCGUCGCACAAGGAGAUAGAGCUGGACUGAGGGGCGGGGCCGGGCUGAAACUGAAUAUAUGCUGCAGUUUGAACAGUUGUUCAUAUUUUUUUUUUAUUUUUUGGUCGUGCUUUCUUUUCUUUUUUUAAUGUAUAGUGUAAAAAAAUCUAUUAUCAUAAAUGUAUCGGCCGUUUUUCUUUAUGUAUAUUCUGUAUAACAAAUGUGUCUAAUGCUCUGCUAGAAUUAAAACUAAGGGUUGGA